UUAUUGGGAGACUCCGAGUGGUCAGGAUUUUAAAGGAAAUUGGAGGUGAUUGAGGUGUUAUUGGGGAGAUUUUAGAGGCUGGGGUGCAGUGAUUUAUCUCUCGGAAGGAGGGGCAGAGGGGUGAAGUUUUUGGAUUUUUUAAAAACGGUUUUGAGGUUAGAAUCAUGGGAACUGUCGGCAGGAUUCAAUCGCUUGUUAAACAUGUGUCUAACAGAAUGUUGGGAGCUGGAGCAAUCAGGGCGUACAGUGUGUUCAGCCCCUAUCACGUCAAGCCGGUAUUCAGCAAAGACGAGCAAGCACGUAUGGAGGAGAGUGGAGAGUUCGCGAAAAUGGCUCAUGUGCCGAUUCUACCGGCGAUGAAGGCAGAAACAUCCUCAGAGUUCUUCGAUCCUGUCGUUGACAAGUUCAUCAAUUUUGUCCUACGGAAAGGAAAGAAGGAACUUGCGAGAAACCUGGUAGAAGAGGCAUUUGAAAAGAUAAAACGAGCGCAGUUGGAGAGGUACCACAAAGCCACACCUGAAGAACGAGUGAAGAUUAUUCUGAGUCCGAGGAAAAUUCUACACGUUGCUGUUGCCAAUUGCAAGCCGGUUAUGGAGCUCAUGUCGAUGAAGAAAGGAGGGUCUAACUAUCGAGUCCCUAUCCCUGUUUUAGAACGACGCCAAAGAUUUUUGUCGAUGAAUUGGUUGAUCCAAGCUGCUCAAGAUAAAAAUGGGCGUAUUCCCUUUUCAACGCAAUUAGCUAAAGAACUCAUUGAUGCAGCCGAGAAUCAGGGACGUGUCGUAAGAAAGAAACAGGAACUCCACAAAAUGUGCGAGGCAAAUCGUGCCUACGCCCACUUCAGAUGGUCUGGCUAAUAAAAAUCCUGAAAAUAUAAUGUACUGUAAAUAAAUUAAAUCUUCUUAACCACGCAA